AUGGCGGAAGCAACAGAGUUCCCGCAAUCAUUUGUCCGGCCAUGGAAAGAGCUCCUUCAAUCGCGACGCGACGAGCAACAAGAUGACUUUCCAAGCUACUACGUCAAUAAUAUCGACUCCCUCAUCACCACCAGUUCACCCAAGACAUUAUACGUUGGAACAGGCCACUCUAUAUACACGCGCGCUCUUCUACCAGCAAUUCUCAGCGCCAAACACUCGGUUCAAUUGGUCACCUGUUACUGGGCUGCUUCACCAUCUCUGGACGCCAUCCGCGACACAUUCGAGAAGCUUGCGACGGCGCGUAUUGAAGCCAACGUCAAGGAACCUCUGCGUGUUACAAUAGGCUUCUCAUCAUUUGGACUGUUCCAGAAGCUCUUCCACCCUGCAUCUCGAGAGGGAUAUGUCUACGAUGCAUCGAAAUGGUUCAAGCUGGGCCUCCCCGACCAGCAAUUGCUGCAGAAUGCCAAUAUCGACCUUACUGUCAAGAGCAUCUUCUUCACACCACUAAGCGUUAUGCACCCCAAGUUUGUGAUCGUCGACGGAAAGAGGGCCUGGGUCCCAAGCUGUAACGUCAGCUGGGAGCGAUGGUUCGAAGGUUGCGUCGAGGUCGAGGGUGCCAUUGUUGACCGUCUUUUGGCCUUUUAUGAUCGGGUUUGGGGUCACAAUGAUGAACCUCCACGACCAUCUUGCUCGCAAGUAGAUUUGCAAAUCGAUCAAAGAGCGCCAAAUCAACUACAGGCCAACAGUGAAGCGUCGGCAACGCAGUCCAUUGACUUCCCAGCCAGUGGCAUAGUUCCGACCAUCUUUCUCCCUUCACCGCAUCAUCGGAACCCUCGCUUUUCCUUCUUCCCAUUCCUAUCGCAGACAAAUCCGCCAAUGACGCCUCUGAAUGCAGCACUACUUACACUGUUCAGCAACGCACAGCGCCGGAUCACCAUCCUCACACCGAACGUCACCUCGUGGCCGGUCGUGGAGAGUCUGUUGGAUGCGCUCGCGCGUGGAGUCGAUGUUCAGAUCAGAACCAGCAAGGGUAUGAUGCUGAUCGAGCAGCUAGUCACGGCUGGCACAACGACAUCCUGGUGUUUGCGCAAGUUUAUACAGCGAUACAAUGCUCUUGUCAAUCAGCCACGAUCAUCGGAUCCCGAAGCACAAUCGCCUACACCGGGCAAGCUGGAGAUCUUCUAUUACAAGCAGCUCGACGCCAGACGCGACCAAGAAGACGAACCUGUCGUUAGUCACUUCAAGAUGACUUUAGUUGACGACGAGUAUCUAGUACUGGGCUCAGGCAAUAUGGACAGGGCUAGUUGGUGGACGAGUCAGGAAAUCGGAUUACUAUUCUAUGUCCCUGGCUUUCAAGGCCAACACCUCUGGAACGACGUUCUCGAGAAGCGCACAGAGGUCUUGUUUCAAUCUGACCACCCCAAGCGAUUGAUCUGA